AUGGCGAUGGCCGGACCCGGAAGAUCUGCCAGUGUACUGUCGUCUGUUACCUUCCAGCUGCUGCUGAAGCUGACAUCGAUCUACUUUGUCUUCUACUUCCUGUUCACUCUCGGCUUGAUCAUCAGAAAGAGCUUGGUGCUGUCUUACCCUGCUGAUGCUCUGGUCUGUGAUGUCAGCCUGCUGUUCCUCCUGGCGGCUCUGGACGUCCUCCAUUUCUUCUGUGGCGUGAAGGGCAACCUGACGGAGAGUCAGGGCCAUAUUCUGGCUAACCUCAUUGUGACGGCGAUGACUAUCCUGCUGGCGGUCUACUUCCUGUUGUGGCAGACGUACGUGACGAGGGCAGACGUAAUCAUCAGCAGUGUCUUACUUGUUGUCUAUGGCUUAGAUGGAGUCCUGGCUUUCAGCGCGUUAGCCCGACUGGCCAGUGUCUAUUCAUGAAGACACCUCCUCUUCAUCAUCAUGUGUGUUAUAGCUGAACUCACAGGCUGUCUGCACUUCUUUGGUACAACCAGGAAUUGAAUAACUUUGACUUUAAGACAUUUUGAAUGUUUGUGAGAUGAAAAGUGUUUGUUCGGACUGUGGACUUUUUAUAACUGAGUUUGUAAAAUACAGGAAAUGUGUUGGUAUUCGUUGAAAAGUGAGUGCUUUAGCUUUUUUAUCUUUUGAUUGAUUUCAUUACAUUCUGUAUAUUUUUCAGGAGCCAAAGAUAAAAUCUACAUUUCUGUUACUGUUGAUUAUUUAUAUUAAAUGUACAACAUUUGAUAAGUUUUAUAUGUGUUCAUCUUUUCUCCAGUAGAGGGCAGAAUUGCUUUGAUUAAGAUUUGGAUAGU